AUGGCCUCGACGGCACUCGACGUGGAGGGAGGCGCCCGCCGAUCGGCCUCCCUCAAGGAGACGAAGGAGGUUCCCACCGGGAUUGGCUCGCCCGAGGAUGUCUCGGUCCACAGCAUCGCCGGCGACCACACCCACCGGACCCUCAAGUCGCGCCAUAUCCAGCUGAUUGGCAUCGGCGGGACCAUUGGCACGGCGCUAUACGUCCAGAUCGGCCGGGGGUUGAUGAAUGGAGGGCCUGGUAGCCUCUUCAUCGCAUUCACGCUGUGGUGUACCUUCAUUCUCGCCGUGACCUUGUGCAUGGCCGAGAUGGUGACCUACCUCCCCAUCUCGUCCCCCUUCAUCCGCUUCGCGGGUCGCUACGUCGACGAGGCCUUCGGUUUCGCCGCCGGAUGGAACUUCUUCGUUUUCGAGGCUGCGAUGGUGCCCUUCGAGAUUACCGCUUGCAACGUCAUUAUCCACUACUGGAGUGACGCUGUACCUGCAGGGGGUAUCAUUGCUAUUACCAUCGUCCUUUACGGAAUCAUCAAUGUUCUUGCCGUCAGGUUCUAUGGCGAAGUCGAAUUUUGGGCGGCCCUCGGCAAGGUGAUCCUCAUCGUGGCCCUGCUCCUCUUCACCUUUGUAGCCAUGCUGGGCGGCAACCCGCUGGGCGACCGCUUCGGAUUCCGGUACUGGCAAGACCCGGGUGCCUUCGCCGAGCUCUACCACACGGGCGGGCUGGGCCGCUUCAUGGGGUUCCUGCAGUGCCUGAUCCUGGCGUCCUUCACCAUCGCGGGGCCCGACUACGUCUCCAUGGCGGCGGGCGAGUGCGAGAACCCGCGCUACGUGAUGCCGCGCGCCUUCAACGCCGUCUUCUACCGCCUGACCGCCUUCUUCGUGCUGGGCUCGCUCGCCGUCGGCAUCAUCGUGCCGCACACCGACGAGGAGAUGAAGGCGGCCUUCGACGGGGGCGCCCCGGGCGCCGCCGCCUCCCCUUACGUCGUGGCCAUGAACCGCCUCAAGAUCCGCGUGCUGCCGGACAUUGUCAACGCCAUGGUGCUGACGGCGGCCUUCUCGGCGGGCAACAGCUACGUGUACUGCGCGUCGCGGUCGCUGUACGGCAUGGCGCUCGAGGGCAAGGCGCCGCGCAUCUUCCUCAAGUGCACGCGCAACGGCGUGCCCAUCUACUCGGUCGGGCUGGUGCUGCUGAUCGCCUUCCUCGCCUUCCUGCAGGUCUCCAACGACGCCGCCAUCGUGCUGCAGUGGUUCGUCAACCUCGUCACCGCCAGCCAGCUCAUCAACUUCAGCUGCAUGUGCGUCACCUACCUGCGCUUCCACGCCGCCCUGAAAUCACAGGGGAUAGAUCGUCGCACCCUGCCGUACCGCGCCUGGUUCCAGCCCUAUGCGGCCUGGUACGCCCUGAUCGGCACCUUUGUCAUGACCUUCAUGGGCGGCUACAUGGUGUUCCUGCCGGGGAACUGGGACAUCCCCACCUUUUUGUUCUCGUAUACUAUGAUCGCCAUCUGCCCGCUGCUGUACAUUACCUGGAAGCUGGUCCACAAGACCAAAAUCUACAAGGCCCAUGAGAUCGACCUGCAGAAGAACAUGGACGAGAUCGCUGCGUACGAGCGCACCUAUGUGCCGAGCAAACCAACGUAA